ACUAAUACCCCACACACACAUCUAUAAAAACCAAAAAUAAAGCAUCCCAUAAAGAAGACAAUAUCUCAACACAUAAAAUUUCUUUUCACACCCCUCUCUAAUAAGCAGCAAAUAAUGACAAACACAUUGACAAAAGAUCAGAUUGCAGAAUUCCAUGAAGCUUUCUGCCUCAUUGACAAGGAUUCUGACGGAUUCAUAACUGUGGAUGAAUUCAUAACAAUUAUCAAAUCAUUAGAGGGAAAUCUAACAAAAGAAGAAAUUCAAGAAAUUAUUAGUAAAGCUAAUAUUUAUGGAAAUGGCAGGGUAAACUUUGAAGAGUUCUUGCAUAUUAUUGAAAUUAAAAUGAAGGAAUAUUUGAGUGAGGAGCUAAAAGAUGCAUUCAAAGUAUUUGAUAGCAAUAAUGAUGGAUACAUAUCAGCUAGUGAGUUGACACAUGUGAUGAUGAAAUUGGGAGAGAGGCUAACAGAUGAAGAGGUUGAACAAAUGAUUAGAGAGGCAGAUUUGGAUGGAGAUGGUAGAGUUAGCUAUGAAGAAUUUGCAAAGUUUAUGGUGCUGAAUUAAUCUCCUUUGAAUUUUUUUAAGUCUUCGGACAAAUUUGAGUUACCAUUGACAAUUUUUUUAG